UCCAGCAUUGGAGAAGGUACUGUGUCUUCUCCAUUGUGUUUUCGUCUGUAUUCUCAUAGAGAGUGCUUUUUAUUUCUUUCCAACGUGUCUAAGGUCUCUUCUUUUUCAUCCUAUCACUGGUUUUCUUCUAGGCUCACAUGUGACCUCCAGAACAAAGAUAGCACCUGAAGACCAGAGCCCCAUGGUGUCAAAUAUCUAAUACUUACUUAAGGCUUUUUUUUUUAUAAAAUAGUUGAUUAUCUAAAUAUAAACUAUGAAAGAUUUGGCUGUCGCUGUCACUCUAAUUGGUAUUAGUAUCAUUGUGUGCGCCAUUAUAUACGGAUUGUGCCGAUUACUCGGUGGUUGGACGUGGCUACGAUCUUGGCUGACCGGAAGUAAGGAAGAAAUAGCACAUCUGACAAAAAAUGAGGACUUUAAUAUGAAAGGUUAUAGUAAUAUGGAAGAAUCCGAGUCCGACUUGGCGCUGAACGCGAGUGGAAACUACAAACAUUUUGACAAUGUCACAAACGAUGUUAAGUUGGUGGACGAAGUAAAACCUGGAGAAAAGAAAACCGAUUUAAUACCAUUGAUGCCUCGCCCUCGUCCCCGACCACAUCAGACACCUGUCCCAGAUCCAAUUGCAGUAUUAGCGCAACCUACAGAUAAAGUGAUUAGACAAUCUUCUAGAGACAGCGACGGGAAACAUAGUCCAGACUCUGAUCUACCGGACGCUUUAGCAUUUGAUAAUUCAGAUACUAAGCUACAGAGGGCGUUAUCUUGCGACAGUGUAAGCUCAGACACAUCAGUUAUACUGGAAACACUUGAAUUACCUCAGUCUAAUGGAGAACUAGAAAUAGGGUUCGAAUAUGACAGUGAAACUGAAGACCUUAUCGUAAUCGUUAACCAAGCACGUGACUUAGUUGGACCAGACCCCAACUUAACCGUUGAUAGCUAUGUCCGGGUAUUUUUGCUGCCUGACAAAACCACAAACAUGCAGACAAGAGUUCAAAGGCGUACAAAUGACCCCGUAUUUAAAGAAAGAUUUCUUUUCGGUGUCGACAGUCGAGAACUCGGUCAGCGAUCGGUGCUUUGUUACGUCUACACAUCAGACAAAUACACAAAUACCUUGAUAGGAGAAGCUGAAAUCAAGAUGUUCGGUAUAGAUCUUAAGAAACCUUACGUAACUUGGGUGCCAAUCAUCGACUCGAACCAGAAACCGGCAGAUCUUGGCGACGUUAUGUUCUCACUGAGUUACUUACCGACAGCAGAGAGACUUACCGUUGUAAUUGUCAAAGCUCGAAACUUGAAGUUCUCAAAUGCCCAGGAAACCGGAUCUCCAUUUGUGAAAGUGUACCUCCUUCAGAACGGUAAGAAAAUCAGCAAGAAGAAGACAUCCAUCAAGAAAGACGACAAAAAUCCCAUUUUUAACGAAGCCAUGAUCUUCUCCGUUCCAACUAAUGCUUUGCAGCAGAAUAUCCAACUUCGAAUAACGGUAGCUGAUUAUCGUGUUGAUGGUAAAGCGCCUUCCUUAGGACAUGUUUUCGUUGGCUCCCAGUGCCGAGGAAAGUCAUUGUCCCAUUGGAAUCAGAUGAUGUCUUCCCUUCGAAAACCAAUCGCAAUGUGGCAUACCUUACGAAAAUGAAACUGAAUGAGAACAAGAUUCUAAGAAAACAAAACUACCACGAAACAUGGUCUUUUUCUUCAGUGAUAGUUUGGUUUCUCCUUUUCUAUGGCGAAUAAAAAGACUAUCGUAAGCCCUUCUUCAUACAAAAAACAUGUUGCAUCUGUUGCACACGAAUAAAUUGGUAUACCACACGUAAUUUUCUUUUUAUCGUUAAAUUACAAGUGAAACUCUUCUAGCUCAUUUACGUAACUGAUUAAUUCUAACUUGCACGACAGGAUCGUUACAAGACACAGGAGGUUAUAUAUGUUAACUUCCAACAAACAAGUAUAGGUCUGUGUGGCUUUGCAAUUUGCAAAAGUUAAACAUUUUGUGUAGCAUUAAAGGUAACAAUAAUAGUUUGUGUUUUAUAAUUGGUAUAUAAAGUAAUUACCAAACUUUAGGAUGAUAUAAUAUAUAUAUGUAAACAAAAAUUAUUAUUUCUGACUCUCUGAACUAUUUCUUGUA